CUUCCUCGCUGAGGGUGGUGCUGUAGGUCAGACAAACGCUUUUGACGGCGUACAAAGUGUUGGAAGGAAGUGCAUCCCAUUAAAGUUAACAGGUGGUAACGCGGACGUCUUUUAUCUUAAAACAUGCCAUGACAAUCCUCCGUUUGUGUUACGGCUGAAUACGUCCUAAAGUAGGUUACCUUGUUCCUGCCGAGUGAAUGUUUCACAAAUAUUUGUUUUCGCAUCACAGCAGUGCGCUUGCUGUGUAGCAUACGUCAGCAGUACAAAGGUCACGUGUCAGCGCCGCCUGCAAUAAAUAAUUGAAUUCUGUGCAGGAAGAUGUUCCCUGUAGACCUUCCACUUGUGGAGGAAACUGACUUGAGGUCAGCGUCUGAACAAUAUCUUUUGUCGCUGGAAUCCAGACCGAAAGAUAAUGAGUGGUUUCAAUCACCCAAAACGUCUAAGUUGGAAAUAACUGCAAAUAGCAUCAAAUGGUUGCAGCUGUUUGAGGACGACCAAACUAAAUGCUCGAUAUUGGCACUUCACCCACCUGGUGAUCCCAGUCAAGUGGUGGCCUUAUACUUGCAUGGAAGUUGGUGGUGUGUGAAUGAUGUUAUCCGGACAUCCUGCGAAUCAAGAACUGACUUGCUUCCAGUUGUGGAGAUGCCUUCACAGGAGGAAACACUCUUCUCCAUGCACACCCGCUUAGAGAGCGCCAAAUUGCUGUGGAGAGAUGGCCAAGCAGUAGGCUUCUACACUGUCAAACACAAAGGCAGUCUGUGUGACAGCUGGAGCGGCCGCUGCUACCAGCUGCCUGUUCUAGACACGGUGCUGGUGAGAAGAAGCUGGAGGAGGAGAGGACUGGGACUUAAGAUGUUGGCUGAUUUCUGCUCGUCCUUCCCCAGCGAGGAGGUGCUGGGAAUCAGCGUGCCGCUUUCAGCCAGCAUGGUUGCAGUGUGUAGGCACUUCCUGCAUCUGAAUGAAGAUCACAGAGACCGUCUGUAUGAAGUAGAGGCUCCAGGGGCAUGGACUCAACAGCGAAAUAUCUGGCUCAACAUCCAACUGUCCCGCUAUUUGCUCACAGUAGAUGAAGUUGGCUGAGUGGGAAACCUCAUUUGAUCCAAGACUGAUUCCACCCUCCAUAUCUUGUAGCAGUUAAUAUAGCUCAGCACCCUUUGUUUUCUCUAUCAUAACUGUUAUGUUAGUGGUUUCUGCCAUCCAUCCAUUUUCUGUCCCGCUUAUCCUCACUUGGGUCACAGGUGGGCUGGAGCCUAUCCCAGCUGACCCUCGGUGAAAGGUGGGAACUCCAGGACUUGUUGCUACCCAAUGCUGGUGGUUUCUUUGGUGGUUCAAGGAGGUCACACUCCGCAGCCAAUUACCGGUAAAUGUGGAAAUCACACUUUUAACAUGGUUGUUAAGAUGAUACAUUCACAAAUAAAUAUAACGAGGCUAAUCUUAA